AUGGCCAUGGAGCUUCCCCAUCUCCCAGUCCCCGUCUCUGACUUCGUUGGCUAUGUCGACAAGAAGCCCAGAACCCAGACCGGCGUCGCUGAAGCGGUUGAACCCUUCAAGGCCUUUGAAAGCAAACUGAGGGAGAUCUACGCCCAGCAACCUGACCACCCAGCAGCACGCGCAAACCACCUGGUACCUGUGUUCAAGGAUGCUCCCGUUACCAUUCGAGCAAGAGAGCUCACAAAGGAAUCUGACGCUGAGAAAGACAAAUACCUGUUGACUCUCCCACAGGAGGCUCGCAGAAAAGACGGUUCUCCUGCCACCACUCAGACCUUGAAAGAGUUCAGGACCAAUUUCAACCUUUUCUCCGAGUCUUCACUGGUCGACCUAGAUUGGGAUAAUGUGGUGUGUGCAGGAAGCGCUGUUGUCACCUCUUUGCUGCCGGUCGAUGCUCCUCACAAUGAGUCCAAGCGAGCACUUCGAGCUUAUUACCAUGAAAAGCUGGCGCCUGCUUCAGAUGUCGAUCUUUUCCUCUACGGCCUGAACGAGGAACAAGCUAUUGAGAAGAUCAGACAAAUCGAGACCAAGAUCCGGGAUAGCAUCCUGGCCGAAACAACAACCAUUCGUACGAAGAAUGCCAUCACCAUUGUAUCAGAAUACCCAACCCGUCAUGUCCAAAUUGUGCUCCGCCUGUACAAGAGCAUUUCUGAGAUCCUCACCGGCUUCGACGUUGAUUGUUCAUGUGUGGCCUACGAUGGUCAGCAGGUGUGGGCGUCUCCUAGAGCGCUAGCGGCCUUCAUGACUCAGGUGAACACAAUUGACCUCACCAGAAGAUCUCCAUCUUACGAGAAUCGGCUGUCUAAAUACUCUCAUCGCGGCUUCGAGGUGUUUUUCCCCGGUAUCGACCGCAGUCGAAUUGAUCCAACUAUCUUUGAGAGGUCUUUCUCAAGGGUACAGGGUUUAGCGAGGCUACUGGUUCUUGAAAAGUUGCCACAUCCCAAUGACAGAGACGCAUACCUCGCACAACGUCGAGCAGAACGAGGACGUCCCCCAUUGCCAUGGAAUGCUCGAUUUCGCCGUGAACUUCCGGGAAAUGUUAAAGACGCUCAACCAGAUGACGUGGCUGAAUGGGCAGAAGAGGACGAUGUCUCCAAUUACCACACUGUUACUAUCCCAUAUGGCCCCAAAUACAACGCCAAAAGAGUUGAGAAGCUUCUAUUCACAAAGGACUUACUCCUCAAUGCUGAAUGGAACAAACCCAAGGACAGAAAGACCAAGCUGCAUCGCCAUCCGGCCUUCUUUGGUUCUGUCAACGACGUUCUUCAUGACUGCUGUGGGUAUUGCCCGGAAGCUACCACCGACGAGGACUUCGCUGCGCUUGAGGAAGAGAGCAAGAUCCACAUAUCUGGAGAUAUUACAUUUCUCAAAGAUGAUCCAGGCAGACAGGCCAUUGGCAGCUUUAAUCCGAUUACGGACAAAGACUGGACGGAAAUGGCGUAUAUCGGCAAUACUACGAGACUGUGUCAAGCAAUAGUCGACCUCGAUAUCGAUGCCGUCAGAGACUGGUUCUCUGCACUAGAAGCUGUCGACGUCAAUCGUCGGGAUCACGUUGGUCGCACUCCUUUACAUCUUGCGGUCAUGUGCUCCACUCCUGAGAUUGUCCAAUGUCUGAUCGAUCACGGUGCUCGUCUUGUCUCUAGAAUGUAUAAUGGUAUGACCGCUUUGCAUCUUGCUGCUCACCGUGGAGAGGUGCAGAUUAUCAAGGAUAUUCUUGAUAAGAGUAACGCGAACGAGGAACAAGAGGCGCUCAAGGAGGAUGCACGAAGAGAAGCACGAAGAGCUGCUGCCGACAACUCACAAGAAAGUCACGACAAUGCAAGUGACCUCAGCGACAAUGAUUCAUUCGACUCUGAAGCUUUCGAGGACGGGGAAGAGGAUGCCAUGACCGAGGGGUCUUUUGUGAAAGUGGGCGGCAUCUCCGAAGCUCAAGACUCUGAAGACAAGGAUGGACCAGAUGUCUACGAUGUUGAUGUUCUUGCUUGGGAUAGUCCACUCUCGCCUCUUCACCUUGCUAUCCUUGGGGGACAUAUGGAUGUGGUGAAAGUUCUCAUUGACAAUUACGGCGCCGACGUCCUGCUUCCUGUCAAGAUUGUGGAUGAAUACAACACAAAGCACGCAAAGGCUGCGAUCCUGACAAUCUGUCUGGCCUUGGAGCUUCCAUUGCAGCAAGCCAACGAAACUGUCAAAGGUCUUCUUGCGCUCGGGGCGUCAUUCACGCAGGCCGAUAUGAAUUUCAUCUCCGCUCUCCACUAUGCGGUUAACAGCGCAAAGACACUUAUAUUGCAGACAAUGCACUCCGCUGAUACAUCGAGCUUUGCCAAGGCCGUCAAUUUCAUCGUCGUCUCUGGGUAUUGGAGCCAGCCAACCAUCGAGACACCCUUGCUAACUGCUAUCCGCACUGGGAAACCUGAACUUCUUGAGCAUCUGAUCCAAAUGGGUGUUAAACCACACAUCGACCUCGAGUCCUUUGCGCAAGCAUACAAACGCCGCUUCGACAAAGCCUCGGAUGAUCCAUCAGAAGUGAAGAAAAUUUUCCAGAAAUGUGUCGAACAGCCUAUCAUUCUUGCCCUCCAGAAUGAAAUGGUGGACUUGGUCAGUCAACUAAUCGAGAGGGGCGAGGAUGUCAAUACGUUGACUACUGGCGCAUACAAAUAUCUGGAACGUCCAUGUUCUGCCUUCAGCGUGGACGCCAAGUCCUUGUUGGAUCUCGUCCGAGACCGCAUCUCGUCACUAGAGAAAUCCUUAUCCCCCAUGGUUCAGAACUUGGAGAAGCCUCCCACGCUGAAAGCAGAUGACGAAUACCUCACCGGCCUUGAAGAAGGGUCUUAUCGUUACUGGACUGCUUUCCACGACCUCCAGAGUGCAAAGUCGAUCCAACGGUUUCAAAUGAGGGAAUACAACAAAGAACUGCGAGCUUGGAUGCGAGGCUCAGAAGUUGGGAAGGAGGAGAAGGAUGCCGCCGUCAACGCCACCAUUGCGAAGCUGCGUGAUCUUGAACACAAGCUGGCCGACAAGGGUGCUAAGUCAUUCUUCGACUUGUACCCGAGGGCCCAUAGCGAAGACCAAUUUCCCAAAAGCCAUUUUAUUUCAAAGGUUUCGGAUUGUGAACCAUACGCCACGAAGAUAUCUUUUAAGGUGCCAGACCUGACCCCAGAGAAGGAGGUCAAGUACAUCGAAUUGUUCGAAGCAGCUUGGAAGGGCGACUCCGAAACUGUCAAAUCACUUUGUCUGACUGGCCCCCAUCCGCUACAAGUCGCAGUCAUGGAUCUUCGUGGAUUCAGUCCGUUCUCAGUUGCUUCUUUUCGCGGCCAUUACGAGCUGGCACAACUGAUUGUCGAAAUUGCUAAAAUCCAGUACCAGCCGAACACGAAGAACCAGUCAGGUCGAUACCGCUAUGUCCUCGACACUGACGGACACUACGACACAGACAGCGAAAACAGUUAUGAUAGUGAUGGCACGGAGCAGGACACUCGGGUGAGAGUUGUUGCUGAACUUGUCGAUGAAACCUUCACAGUAGACGACAUUGCUGCAAUGGCCGACAAUGUCAAAUCGAGAGUCUCACCGGCCGCCAUGGUCUCCUGGAAUUGCUUGAGCGCGCGUGCGCUCGAAAAAGGCGUGGAUGAGCGACAAGUUAGGCAUGCCUUUGGGGGCGUCCAUGGACGAGGUGUUUUUGUCGGUUAUGGUUACUCAAAUCAGUCUUGGAAGUGGUUUCAUUCGGCCUUUGAAACCACGUGCCAGCUUAAUCGUUGUUCUCUGAUUCGAUAUGCCAUUUUUACCGACAAUAUGGCUCUUUUGAAAUUCAUCAUCAAGAUUGGCAACAGCCUCGCAAACCAGGAAGGAGAUGGUGGUGACAGUCUGAACGUAAUCGCCAUCGCCAAGACCGAUUUCGACCUGGCCCUCCACCUUGGUAGGGUUGAGAUGAUAGGUGAGAUGAUCAAGUCCACCGGCUUUGGAUUUCCUCUUCAAAAAGUGUUCCAAAAAUCAGGAAUCAAGCUUGACGAGAAGCCCCAGUACUACCAGGGACUCAGCGUUUACGGCAAAAAGCGUCAAGAUUGGGCUGAAGCCGGCCGCAGAGGUUACCGCACCCAACAGGUCGAAUCUGAUGUGGGUGUUCCUCUUCUAGCUGCCACGGUCGAGGGCAACCUGAAAACUACCGAAUAUUUCUUGUCAGAUGAGCCCUUGCAUCAGUACCUCGAGUUCGCCCGGUCCUUCAAGGAGGACAAACGCAUUCAAGCAUUGGCGCAUACGAAAGGAGGCAUUCGAGGGACACUUGAUGCGUGGCUGUCGACACGAAAUGAGCUCGCACUGCAUAUUGGAGUGUUGUCGGCCCCGAUGCAGGACGGAACUCAGCCAUGCUUUGACUUCCUGCUUGAAAAGAUGCCCCAUGCACUCGAGGUUCGCUCUACUGAUGGAAAAACACCGCUCCAUCUUGCUUUCGAAGUCAAAAGAUACUAUGCAGCGAAGAAAUUGAUUGCAGCGGGCGCAAAUCAAGCCACUAAAGACAAUGUGGGGCGCAACAUUCUUCAUACAGUUCUCGACACUGUUCCGACACACAACCCUGCCUUACUUGGAUCCAUCUUGAAAAUACUGGAUGAAAACAUCAUUGCACCAUUGCUACUUGAACGAUGUAGCAGUGUUGAAUCCACAGGUACCACGCCUCUAGCAGUUUUUGUGGGGCGCGUCUUCGCGGCUACAGGAUGGGAAGAAAGUCUCAAGCUCAUCCUCUCCCUUUCAGGCGGUAAAGACCUCGAGAAGAUGGAUGGGGCAGGGGACUAUCCAUUGCAUUCAGUCGUACGAAAAGGCCACCAAGAACUGGUAAAAUUCAUCGUGGAAUAUAGACCCGGAUUGUUGUACUGGGAGAAUGCCACAGGAAUGACUGUAUCUGAUGUGGCGACCACCAGCUAUCUACGACAUCAAAUCGACUAUCCCCCAAAGCUAGACACCACCAAGGAGCGAAGCGUUAAGGACAUUCCUGCUCAGGAAUUUGCGGCAAAUCUCGGGUCCGACUCGGGCAAGGCAGAAGUCGCAGAGGCCGCCGGACGCAGCCAGCAAUGGCGCAUGUACCGCCUCAUUAAUUCCCUCAUGACCAAAUAUCCGGCGAAGCGGAAGUUAGUGGCACUCCAUGAUGCCAACGAAGUAGCGAAGCGUCUGGCAAUGCAGCAGCAGAAACAGAAUGAAAACAAUCAGCGGGAAAGAUCUGGAGUGAACGCAAGAGGGUUGAGGCGUUGGCGGCACUCUCAAGACACCGUUGAAGCAGAUGACAGGCAAGACGAAGUGGCGCAGUAUCUAGCUCAGGCGAUGGAUUUCACAAAGUGGGAUGAGAUGGUCUGGAGGACGACCGAGGCUGGAGAGACGAUGGGUGAGGACGGCAAGGACAUCGAGAGCCACUACCGGCGUCGUGGAAGCGAUGCGAGUGACCUUGAUGAGAUGCAGAUGCAGAUGGUCCUUCCUGUGAAGGACCGAUGA